AAUCUUUUUAUACUUUUUAUGUGAUGUUGUAGAAAUGGCAAGAUUUGCACGAGGUAGAGGUAGAGGUCGGCGAGGUGGAAGGGGCCGUGGGCGUGGUAAUGUUGAAGGAGUACGUGAUAAUUUUGCAGUGGUGUCAUCCGUAAAUAUUAAUCCAUCACAUAGACCUACACUUGAUCAAGCAUCUCAGCCACAAGCACAACCAGCAGGGAUUCCUGAAGCAAUUCAGUGUACUUCUCCAGGCUUUCGGACCCCUGGAACAAGUCAAAGACAAUUGUCGGGGUCACAAUUAUCAAGGAAUAUGGAAGGAAGUGUACAUCCCUCUUCAGAGAAUUUAAAUAACGAUGAAGUUUCUUGCAGCAAAUCUAAGAAAGGUAGGGGAAAAUAUAGAUCCAUAAACGUGGAAAUGAAGACCAAAUAUGGUAGCAAAAUCACAGUUCAUAUUCCGGAUGACAUUGAUAGAGCUGUAGGUCCGGGGGCUAGAGAUAUUGUCAAUUAUUGUGGCUUGACCAUGAGGAGCACUAUCUCAUUUAGAGAUGGUGAUUGGGCUACAAUUUUUGCAAAAGAUGGAGAAACAAUGUGGCUGAAAGUGAAGGAGAAAUUUGAAGUAGGUGGUGGUAGGGGAGAGAAUGUGUUACAAGGUUUUGUGGCCAGCACUAUGAAAAGGCUUUUUAGAACGUGGAAGACUCGGUUGCAUGCUGAAUACUUGCGUUAUAAUACUGAUGAGGAGAGACUGUCCCAUCCGCCAAAAGAUGUUGUGCCUGAGGAUUGGGAAUUUCUGAUACAAUAUUUUGGAAGCCAGACGUUCAAGGCUAAAAGCGAGAGAAAUAAAAUAAACAGGAAAAAGCAAACAACAAAGCAUUUAUGUGGUUCAAAGUCUUUUGCAGAAGUAGAGGAAUCCACGAGAGAUCCUCUUACCGGAGAAAAGGCACCACCACAUCGUAUCUGGGAGCUCCAACAUACGCGUAAGAAUGAUAAAGGAGAACUGUUGUGGUCAGAUCAACAAUCUCAACAAAUUCACGGCCAGAUCCAGGAACUUGUGGUUCAACAGCAAUAUGAACGAAACGAGAAUCCAAUGUCUGGAGAUAAGAUUUUAGCUACUGUACUUGGCGAGAGAACAGGCUAUGUCCGUGGAAAAGGUUAUGGAAAGACGCCUCUUAAAAAGAGCCACAUGCAACAUGAGUACUUGGGAUCUAGCCUGUCUUCUGCAAUAGAAGGUGUGCGCCAAGAGAUGCAAGCUGACAUGGAUCGUAAGUUUCAAGAGGAACGUGAACAAAUGCGAGCUGAAAUGGACAAAAUGUUUCAAGCACGGAUGGAAGAGGAGCGCAGACAAAUGCGAGUAGAAAUAGACAAAAGGAUCCAAGAUCAGAUGGUGGCUAAUUUAAUGGUUGGAAUGCAACAGGGUCAAGGUUCUUCAACUGCCCGGGUUAGCAAAGGCAAAAAGCAAAAAAGCCCUGAAGUCAGUUGGGGUGUCAAGCGUAAGCGUAAGUAAACCUCCCAGGUUUAAUGAACAAAUGUGCAAUUUAUGGGAAGAGAUUUUUACGCACUGUGAUAUUCAGGUGUUAAUUUAUUUAUCAUUUAGUCUGUUUUUGCCUUACUUACCCGGUAUAACGGACUUUUGUAUAAUUUGUAAAAAUUAGAUUGUCUCAGUUGUUGAAUUUUUGAGCGCAUAUCUUCAAAGUCGAAUUUGAAAAUUUUGAGUCCUAUUGCUUGUUAGUUGACA